UAAAUAUAAACCUUCACCAAACAAGUUUGUAACAAGAGAAUUUUCAUGUUUUUUUUUUUGGUUUCUCAAAUCUUACUCCUUAGAACAUCACAUAUCAACCACAUGCAAAAAUAGAAGCAAAACAGUUUUUUAAGAUUGCACAAAUCUAUGAAUUCUUGUUUGGUUUUUCUCUCACUCUUUCUCAUCAUACUCAUAGAUUCAUCAAACUCAUCAAUAACAACAUGUCCAGUGUCCAUGAAAUUUGUCAAAACAGUCCCUUGGAAUUCUUCACUAUGUCUUAACUUCAAACCCUUACAAACCAAAACAGAAACAAAACAGUCUCUUUGUUGUCACACUCUCUUGUCUCUCUUUGGCAUAGCACUUGCUGAAAAUCUCAACAAACACUCACUUUUCCAUUUCUCCAACACCUCUACCUCAGAAUCUUGCUUACAAGAUUACCAAUCUAGCCUCACUUCAAUCUCACUUCCUAACAACCUUGUUUCUUCAUGUUUUGAUCCAUCUCAGUUUGUUUCUACUCCAGACACAUGUGUUCAUAUUCAAUCUGAACAAGAUUGGCUUAACAAAGUUGAUUCAACAAGUUUAGCACUUCUUGAUAAUGUUUGUAAACCUGACCUAUCAGAUCUUGAUCAUUGUCAGGCUUGUCGUAAUCAAGGGGAUAUGGUUCAUCAGAUGCUGACUCGAAUGGAUGGUAAUAGCUCACAUUCUCUAGAUUGUUUUUACUUUACUAUACUCUAUAUUGCUGGAAUUGUGAAUAAGCUUGGUCCUCAGAGUAAUGGUGUUUUGGCUUGUAUUCUUAUUCUGUUGGUUGAUGACAAAGAGGAUUCUAAAAAGGAACAUCAUUAUGCUCUUGUUAUUGGGUUGGUUUCAGCUUCUUUUGUGUUUCUGUCUUUUCUGUUAGGGUUGUUGUAUUUUUGGUGUACUUGGUGGGUGAAGAGGAGAAAGAAUGAUAAUUUGUUAUCACAUAAUGGUGGUUCGAUGGAACCGAGUUUUAGCUUAAGAGUUAGACCGAAAAGCGGGUUGAUUUGGUUUGAUUUUAAGGACCUUUUGAAGGUUACCGAUAAUUUUUCGUCCGGAAAUUUUGUUGGAAGAGGCGGGUUUGGUUCGGUUUAUAAAGGGGUUUUACCGGAUGGGACAGUUGUUGCGGUGAAAAGGAUUGAAGAGUCUGAUUAUCAAGGGGAUGUUGAGUUUUACAGAGAGGUUGGGAUUGUUAGUAGCUUGAAACACCGCAACUUGGUGCCGCUUAGAGGCUGUUGUGUGGUUGGUGAGGAUGAGAAUUCUGAGUACAUUGGAAAGUAUCUUGUUUAUGACUAUAUGCCAAAUGGUAAUCUUAAAGACCAUCUUUUUCCAGAUACGGAUAGCGAAAAUGAAAAGCGAUUACUAACUUGGGCGCAAAGAAAGAACAUAAUCUUGGACGUGGCGAACGCGUUGGUUUAUUUGCACUUUGGAGUUAAACCUCCUGUUUAUCACAGAGAUAUCAAAGCCACAAAUAUACUACUUGAUGCAGGUAUGAGAGCAAGGGUUGCAGAUUUCGGGCUGGCGAGACAGGACUACAGUCAAAAUAGGUCUCAGCUAAAUACAAGAGUAGCCGGAACUCGCGGAUAUCUUGCUCCCGAAUAUGCACUUUAUGGUCAGCUAACUGAGAAAAGUGACGUCUACAGCUUUGGCGUUGUUGUUCUUGAGAUAAUGUGUGGAAGAAAAGCUCUGCAGCUGUCUUCGUCAGGAGAGCCUAAUUUCUUGAUCACGGAUUGGGUUUCGUCGUUGAUAAAAUCCGGAAACAUGAUGAAGGCUUUGGAUGGUUCUAUCUUACAGGACGGAAAUUCCAAUAGAAGCAUAACGGAGCGAUUUUUGACGGUCGGAGUUUUGUGUUGUCAUGUAAUGGUUGCGUUGAGGCCAACAAUUUUGGAUGCUUUGAAGAUGUUAGAAGGGGAUAUUGAAGUUCCAUCAAUCUCAGAUAUGUCAAUGAGUCCCGGAAACCACAUGUUUGCGAGAGGCGAUUCAACUUGAUAGUGAAAUCACCUUGUAGUUUGCUAAAAGUUAAGGUUACUCUCUUCUGUUUUCGCACGUGUAUUCUUCUGAUCAAAAUGGCGAAUUUCAGCCGAAAGUUGAACAUCUGUUUACGUGCCGUGCAGCAUCCAACUGUAGUUUAUUGUCUUUUAUGUCAAUCGUGAAAUUUCCAUGUCCUCUUCUAAGGGAAAGUUUAGAAUAUGUGUGUCCUCUUCUAAGGGAACCAUGAGCAUCAUUACUUGCACUCCAAGAAACGUGUUAAUCUUCACACCUGCACAUUUUUGAAGUUAUUUGAACUUGGACCUGUAGCGUGGUAAAAGUGCACGGUGGCAUUUACUUCGAUUUUGAGGCAACAAGGUUCACUGCACAAGUUUAUGGCGAUGAUUAAGAAUCAAUGCAAUACAAUCCCCUAAUCAAUCAAUGAAUUUGACUAAUUAAGAUCCAUUGAAUGAGGAACUGGAAUUCAUUUUGAACAAGAGAGACACAAUGUUGUUGUGCGCGUUGAUCCUUGCUGUUGCGGGACACUGCUGUAUAGCAUAAUGUCUCACACUGUUCUUUUCAAGUUCCAACCAUUCAUCCUAAACAGGUAGCUCGGCCGCGCGCGUUUGAACGCCAAAAACCAAAAACAAACAUAAUCACUAACUCAGCAACAUUUAUUUAAGGUCAGUGGCACAUGUUUUAGAAUGUUCGUUGUGUGCUGAACAAGGAAGAAUCUCCAUUGUAAUAAACAAAAUGUUAACGCUAUCAUUUAUUUAUUUAUUCAACAGAACCAAAUUGUACUA